CCUUCUUUUGUUGUCACGUUUCGAAGCAGAUCACUCCCGACUGUAUAAUAGUUUUCAACGCGCAUUUCAUCUAUAAGCUUCAAAUUCAAUUGGACUCUAAAGAUGUGCGAAAAUAAAAUAUAUCAAUGUGUGGGGCUCAUUUCGAGUCUCAUCCUCUGUUCAGUAGCCAUUCAUUCUGUCGUGCACAUAUAUAUGCCCUGGAAUAAGAAAGGAAAUAACAACCCAAAAACAGCCAUGCCACAUCUCUCGUCACCACCCCGAGUUAAGAACGUCACUACAUCCACGAUUGAGAUAGAAUGGGAGGGAGCUUACCAUGGCGACGGACCCGUAUGCGGGUUCAUCGUCGAGAUUAAACCUCAUGGUUCAAUGUCAUGGACGAGAGUCGGAUUCGUUUCCUUCGAUGAAGAUGAGAACGAUUUCGAAUACACGAUUGAGAGACUCGAAGCCGACGCCCUCUACGAUAUAAGUGUUUUAAUUCUGAACUGCUCCGGCGGAGCAGGAGAAAGGGGUCCGGAGAUAAGCCAAUCAACAGAGGACAUUGCCCUGCCACAUCUCUCGUCACCACCCCGAGUUAAGAACGUCACUACAUCUACGAUUGAGAUCGAAUGGAAGGGGUAUUACGACGGCGACGGGCCCGUAUGCGGGUUCAUCGUCGAGCUGAUGCCUCCGGCUUCAGAGUCAUGGACGAGAGUCGGAUUCGUUCCCUUCGAUGAAGAUGAAUAUGAUUUCGAAUAUACGAUCGAGAGGCUGGAUGCUGGCGCCCUCUACGGGAUAAAUGUUAUAAUUCUGCACUGCUCCGGCGGAGAAGGAGAACGGGGUCGGGAGAUCAGCCAGUCAACAGAGGACCAUGAGCCAACAUCUUUAUCGACAUCAACAACGCCCCCGUGCCGAGCGGGAUGCAUUAUUGCUUUACCUGCCCUCUCAUCCAUCGUGUUCUUGCAACUAGUUAUUCUUAUAUGCCGCUGUGUUAUUUGACGACACGGUGAACCUCAUGCACAAGAUCUGUUGUCACGAACCAUCCUAAUUGUCAUGCUGCCAUCCUACUUAAGCAUCGCUUAUGAUUGUUGUCUCCUCCACAUUUUCCACAGAUACUUCGGACAGUACUUUAAAUUUAUAGUAAUAUGUUAUAACAAUAUAAAGUUCGUUA